AGUACAUAUAGGGGCACCCCGCGAAUUCGUUCGCCCGGUAUAGUAUUGAUUUCCUCCGGUCGCCAUCCUAACCGACAACCGUUUACACAAGUGGCGGCGUAUGACGACGAUAUCAUUGCCGCUGUUAGGUCGCAAGCAAACGGAUCACGCGCCCGAAUUUUUUUUUUCGAUUUUUUUUUCGUCUCUCGAUUCCACAACGAUCUCUUCGAACGGUGGAAAUAACGGGAAAACGUAUUGCAAUAAACGUAAAAACAACCGAAAAAAUACAUCACGGCGUUUGCCUGCAGGUAUAUAAUAUUCUACGAUUAAAACAGAUAUGCGUAUAUUUCACUGUUAACGACAAUGUAGUAAUAAUCAUAUUAUUAUUAUCGUCACACGUUUUCUAUGUGCUAGCUGUUUAUGCCGCGUCGCGAACGGUCGUCGUGGCCACUAUUAUAGUGAAUCCUUUUUUUUUAUCAAGUCCGCAGCGCUCGUAUCCACGCACACUAUCACCGUACGCGUAUUUGUGAACGCGGAUCGAUUUUUCCCCUCAAAUAUUGUUGUUUAUAUUGGAGCGUUCGAUCGUAAUGAGUCUCUCGGAAUCGGGAUGGAAUACGUACGAUGCUCCAGGGUUGAACCGUUGGCAAAAUAAUGCUAAUGGCUCAACUGUAUCUAAAAUGCAACACAAGUACUGGGUAACUAAACAGCAAGUAUGUAAAAAAUUGGGGAAAAAGGAUGACGAAUUCAUAGUAGCUUCAGACGCUGAACUCGAUGCUAAAUUAGAACUAUUUAAGUCUAUUCGUGGUAGUUGUCAACAUUUGCAAAGGAUUGUCAAUAAAUACGACGAAAAAGUUUAUAAUUUAGCAUAUGAAGAAAAUCAAAUGGGUCUGUUUUUAAAAAGAUCUGGAAACAAAGAUCAAACUAAAGCUGGCGAAAUGAUGCAAAUUUUGGGAAGUUGCAUGGCACAGUCAGGACAAGAGAGAAUUGGUUUACGUACGCCAUUAGCCAGGUUACACCAGGAAAUAGAAACGUUUUGUUUAAGAGCUGUGGAGGAUACUCAGGGCGAUGUAAAACGUAUGGAAAAUGCCCGUACAGACUACAGGGCUGCUCUGAAUUGGAUGAAAGACGUUUCCCAAGAACUUGAUCCGGACACCAAUUCACAGUUAGACAAAUUCAAAAACGUGCAGACCAAAGUAAAAAAGUCCAAACAGCAGUUCGAUCACCACAAAUUGAUCUGUUUGCAAAAAGUCGACCUGCUUGCCGCUGCACGUUGUAAUAUGUUUUCACACGUCCUUAUUUUCUAUCAACAAAGUUUGCAGCGAUUUGCCGAAUCCGUCGCAGCGUCGUUUGAACACGCAACUAAAGAUUUUAAACAGUACCAACAUUACGAUUUCAAAAUGAUUAAAGAGUUACGAACGAACUCAGAGAAAUCCACGUCCAAGGCAGACGAUAACAGCAAUGAUUCAAGCUCGUACACUGAAUUGGGCAUCGAAGCAACACCCGACCAGAUUGAAGAAACAAACGAAUCUGCUUUGCUUUCGUUGCUCGACGGAAGCGACACCUUUGGAAAUUUCUUAUCAAAUCCUUACGAAAGUAAUCAAGAAGAAAAGGACUCAGAACUUAAACGAUACGGAACAGGAGAUGAAUUUUUACCGUCCCAAUUAUUGUCGGACUUGCUUUCCGGGUCAACUGCACCUGUUAAUACUACUACUAAAAAAUCAGACAGUUCAUCAAAUUGGGCAGACAUCUUUGCUGAACUUGAUCCAUUGAACGAUCCUAGAUUGUCUUCAAAACUAGAUCCAUUAGAUCUACUUUGAAAUACUUUUAUUUGUAAAAAACUAACCUAUUGUUUUUCUAUUUACGUAUUUUAUAUAUUAAACAAAAACAAUCUGAAUGUAUACUAUAUUACUAUGUCAUAUGGGUCAAUCAAUAAUGUGAAUGCUUUUAAGAUUGUAUAAAACACAUUUUUAUACUAGCUUCGAUAUAAAUAAUGUUUAAAAAUAUACCUUUAUGGUACAAAUUGUUUUAGUAAAAACAUAUAUUUUAAUACUUAUAAAUGUAUGAAUACUCGUAAAAGCAGACAAAUUGUUGCUGCAGGAACAGACUUUUGAUUAAACUGCAUAAUAUUAAUUAUA